UUCCCGGAACCGUGUCGCGCGGGCGACGCACGGGGCGGCGCCGUUCCCUUGUUCGCCAUACUUGCACAGGAGCGCAAAGCAACGAACGCACUUACUGCAAAGGCACCUGAAAUCACUACAGCAUAUAAUAAAAAGCUACUUUCUUCCACACUCUCUCUCUCUCCCCAGACAUGGCUGAGGAUGACGUGACUGAGGAGCAGCUAGCAGCCAUUGCCGCCGAAAAUGAGGAGCAAGAGCAGGUGAACUACAAGGCACCAGCCCAGAAGUCGUUGAAAGAGAUCCAAGAGCUGGAUAAGGAUGAUGAGAGCUUACGCAAAUAUAAAGAAGCCCUGCUCGGACCUGGGAACGCUGAGGCUGAUCCCACUAUCCCAAAUGUGCAAGUGACCCAAAUGAGUCUGCUCUGUGAAGCAGCCCCAAACCCCCUGAUCCUGGACCUGCAAGGAGACCUGGAAUCCUUCAAGAAGCAGGCCUUUGUCCUGAAGGAGGGAGUUGAAUACAAAAUAAAGAUCAGCUUUAAGGUGAACAAGGAGAUAGUUUCGGGUCUGAAGUAUGUGCAGCAGACAUACAGGAAAGGAAUGAAGAUUGAUAAAUCGGACUACAUGGUGGGCAGCUACGGGCCUCGUCCAGCUGAAUACGACUUCCUGACCACAGUUGAGGAGGCACCUAAAGGCGUCCUGGCCCGCGGCAACUACGUCAUCAAAUCCAAGUUUACUGACGACGAUAAGCACGACCACCUGUCCUGGGAGUGGAACCUCAACAUCAAGAAAGACUGGAAAGACUAAAAGAGGCCUUUUUGUUCGGGGGGGGUGGGGUUGAAGGAAUCAUGACCCCCCCCCCCGCCUCCCACAGCCCCGUGCAUUCCUCAACCGCUGUCCCUGCCAUGUGUUCUCCACCAUUUCUGCCUUCUCUGUUUUCACUUUGAUGUGCAUUUCAUGCUCUCAUGCCUUAGUUCCCGCCUCGCUGUUCUAACACCCCGGCGUCCUUCCCUCCUCUCUGUCAGCAGCAGUAGCAUUAGCAGUAGCAGCAGUGCCCCCCCCCUGUCCGUCCAUCCAACACCUCCCCACCUGACCUACUUAACACUUCAUUUUUGCACACAAGCCACCUCUGUCCACCCACCUGCCAUCUUUAACCCCCCCCCCCACCCUCCUCUCACUGAGCUGUGCCAUGUAGCACCUUACUCCCUCACUCCCAGCCAUCUAUUCGUCUUCUAUUUUUCGCUGCUUGAAGAGAUUAACCCCGCCUUUCACCUGUCCAGAAUGGUGUCUUCCUCUCUCAGUAUGAAGUACAUGUGGAAAAGCAACUGUACAAUCAACUUUUGUUUGCCUUUUUUUAUAUAAUUGUAUCAAUGGUUGUGUAAUGUGACUGUAUUCACAUCACUGUUUAUCAGCUGUUGUGUUCAUCGCAGGCCCCACCACAUCCACCUGCACCCCCUCACACACACUUGUGCUACAGCAUUCCUUUGCUUGCUCACAUGCUUUGGUGUCUUUUGAUAUUAUUACCAAUACCUGCCUUGGAAAAACAAUACAUUCAGAUCUGCUUUACAGCGCCUCCCUCCCUUCCCUAAAUGUAUUCACCCACUCCCCUGUUAAAUGGGGACUGGGGCCAAAGUGAACAAGGGAGUAAAUAGUAUAAGGGUAAAAAAAGAAGAAGAAGCUGCCUUAUGUAUCAACUAAUGUCUAAAAUGUUUCUUUAGCAUGCCUUGUGUGUACGAGCAGCGCUAGUUAUCAGGUAGCCUGUAUAUCAAGGGCUUACUCUCGCUACCAACUCACAUGUAGCCCUGUUGUAGUAGAGACUGUCUAUACAGGUCACUCACAUACAGCUGCACACACGCUUACUGCCCCCAAAUUAAACUGACCUUGUAAUGAAAGGAGACUGAAUGUUAAUGAUUGGAGAAGUCACCAAACAAAGCUAGUGUUGAUGAAUCUGGGCACUCUUGUUCCUUUCAGCCAUGAGGCCUUAGCACCAACUAUGAGAAAAUUGAACAUUUCUAAUCUAGCCUUUUUGUUUUUGUUUUAUUUGUUGUCUUGUUUGCUUUAAUGUGAAUCAUCCCCUUCACAAAACGCCCUUAACUUUGCUUAUUCAAAACUCGUAGCCUGUAGUCAGUCAGGAGAGCCUUGGGGUGGAGGAGUCGUAGCAGAGAGGAGGCUGAGCUGGGCACCGUCUGCUGCUGCUGGAGACCUCUGCGGUGCCUGGUCUCGCCCGGAGACAGACACUGACAGUCUAGAGAGAAAACUGACCAGGCCACGCAUCAGCCUUUUAACCCUCACAGGAAGAAAGUGGUGAAAGGAAAGGUCAGGUGACACUAAAAGAGAAACAUAUGCUCAAUAUUUAAUGAGAGGCGGAGGGUUUUAACAACUGACUAAACUUCAAUUGAAAUCGACUUGUACUGUACCAGAACACAUGGAUGUAAAACUUUUUGUUUGUCUUCUAAUAAUAAUGUACUUCCUGCUCCAUACAUUCCUUCACAUUGUACAGUUUCUAUGAAAACGCUGGCAUGCUGGUGGGGUUGUAUAUUCUAUCAUCAUUUGUGAGUGCUCUUCUCGGUCAAUAAAGAUUUUGCUCAACUUUG